GGGAUUAAGUAGUCACGAGUGUUCUUGUAGCGGUGUCGGUCUUCGAUACGUUUCUCUGUUUAUUUGUUAUAGUUUUUUAUUGUUUUAGUGUGACCUGUGUUGUGAAAUGCUUUGAGAAGAACGAGAUAAGUUAUGAAGAAGCAUCGCAAGCUACGAUGGCUCUGCAGUUGAUGCGUCGAGGCGGAUGCUGAGAGCGGCGGGAUGAGAUCAUUGGCAGCCGAGGAGGCCUUGCUGUCGGUCCGAGGUCUAUGCACAGUGAGACCCUAACUGUGAAGUGCACGAGGUCACGAAGAUCUACAGCGACACCUCAUUGCCACGGAACUGAAGGAAGGAAUGUCACAGGAAGAGAGGACGGGGCAGAUCGAUAAGAGGAUGAAGAAUGGGAACUGAGACUGGUGUGAUAAAAAGACGAAAUGAAAACACAGGAAGAUAGAAGCCGACGUGGCAGGAUGCUAGAAGCAAAUAAUGUAACACUGAUGCUGUGAAUAUUUAUUGGACACGAAGUGAUCCUUCGAGAGCUAUGUGAAACAAAAGCCUGAUACAUACGGGAUACAUUAACUUUAAAAGAAAAGACCUCCCUUCUUCUUACCACAGAACAAUAUCCCAUGUAAAAUAUUAUAUGACGCGAAAUUAUGUUUCACGAACAAUGAAGAGUUUCAUUAGUACACGCAUUCCUGGUAAUAACGCAUGAGUUACAUGUAUAAAAUCUACUACAGAUGAAGUUCAGCGUUUGAAGGUGACGCUGUAGGAAGAUCAAGUAAUGAACAUACAGAAGACUACUUUGUUGCUUAUGUAAUCUGCUCAAGUUCUUGCACAGAGGCAUAUUAUUUACUAAAUAAAGUACCAAGCGAAAGAGAGGAGGACAGAGUGACGAGGAUUUCCAGAGUUUAUUGUCCUACGUUCUAAGAUUAAACUUGAUUCAAUUUUGUCGCAAGUUUAUAUAACUUCCAUAAAGACGUCUAUUAAUUUUCGUAUACCAGAUGAAAAAGAUACAUGGCAGAAUACAGUGACUAAGAAUAUUUAGCUAUGGAACGUUUAAUAAACGUGUAAUCAAGUUGAUACGAAAUGACUUUCGACUGUGAUCUUCUGCCCUUGAAGAAUUUUAUUCUAUUACGUAUUAGAUCUUAGACACGUGCUUACAUCAGUUAGUUAUAAUUAUCACAAAUAUUUAAUUGUCUUCUCGUAAAGUUUAAAAUAAUUUACUACUCAUGAAGUCAUAUGUGGAGAGUGGGUAAUCUACAGCGCACAUACGCAGAAAUCUGUUUUGUUGAAACUAUUCAAAACAUUUCGUAACUGCUGAUAAACUGAGUAUUCAUUACCAACAGAGCAAAAAGGUAAUGGCUCCUAUCGACUUGGCGUUGAAAUUGAACCAUGUGGAGACUAAAAAUAAGUAAGUGAUGGAAAAUUAUCAAAUUAUCUCGGAUUAAAAGUAAGUGACGUAAUAAGUAUAACUCUGAAACCAUUAGUACAGAAAAUGUAUGUGUAGUUUUAUCGAAAUCAGAAAGUAAGAAGAAAAUUUUUUAAAAAAAAAUAAGGGGCAAAUUUGGUAACUCGUAUAUGCGUAAUAAAUUUCUCUGACUGUUUAUAACUACACAUUUCGAACGAAAGUAACGAAAUUUAUCUGAAAGUGUGAAGAUUAAAGAAAGCAGAAAUGAACAAAGUUAUAAUACGUUCAUUUAACAAGUGCAAAGAAUAAUUCACGCAGUUUCAUAUGGAAGAAUGGAGGCAUUGAACAGAUUUUAACUUUAUAAAUAUGAACAUUGAAUAUUUGUGUACUUGAAAAUAUCAACCUUAGUCACGUAUUGUCACUCUAUAUUUUGAGUGACAAAAGACGCUUGGGAUUUAACAUAAGUGUAUGGAAUUGGUCUACAAAUGCUUAGCAUCAGGAUGAAUUAUAUAGACAAAUUAUAAACACAAAGUAUGUGCAGAAUGUCGGACUUUCAGUUUAAAAUGCACGUAUAAUUUUCUUACGCGGCAUUCAACUUGAAAAAUGGACGUCGUAUUCAGGUUCCGGGACUAAAAGUGGAGUCCGAUAAAGUGUCUGUAUAAGAAACGUGUAGGAGUUGUUUCUUGACUAGAGAAUUGUAUAGCAAAGAAUGUUACUGUAAAAAGGUGUCGUGUUGACAGUUUAUACUCAUUUGCAUAUCGGAAAUACAUACUCUUAGAUUAUGAAGUGAAACUGUGGUCGAACACAGCGCGUUUCCGGAGUUCUGAAAUAUGAAUUUGUGAGAAUUGUACUUCGUGUUUUAACUGUGGUGAUUCUUACAGUGGAGUCGGAAGUAAACACUGAGUGUCCACUUGAAGUAAGAGAACAGAUAAAAGUGUGUACAUCUGCAGCUUUUGUAAAAAUGUUGAUUUUCAUCGUCUGCGUUGAGAGAGAAAAGUCAAACUUUGCAGAGAUUUUGCUGAUUCAAGUGGCAAUGCGAAAAAUCUCAGGUGUUGUGUAGUGGAGUGAACUACUCGUAUGGACAGAAACUGGUAGCCGCUGUUAUUGUUGGGAUGUGCUACGCGCGCAGCAGCACUGCUUUGUCCUGGCUGGGCAUCCUCUGGGGUGUUCUGUCCUUGGUCACUUUGCUGACGGCAUUCGUGAGCAACGUGUGGCUCUUUACCCGCGAGCCAAUUCGCCUCCCCAACAGCGACAUCUCCACCAGCAUCACCUUCAAGAUCGGACUUUGGAGGGUAUGUCCCACUGUGCGCCGCCCCAACACCUCUCAGCCGUUGCCUUCGCCUGCCUGCUCGCUCAUCAAGUACUCGACAUGGGAUGAGGUAAAACAUUCCGACUUGGGAAUCUGGACGAGUCUCGACUUCACCCCGGCCUUCAUUACACGCAUGCGGCUGUCUACGCCGUUUGAGGCUGUGGGGGUGCUGUUGAUGUUGGUGGCCACAAUGUUCGCCCUCAUGGGGCACUUCAACAGCGACCACAAGACUUUGGUCGCCUGCGGCCUGUACAUUUUGGGAGGUCUGUCACUCGGGGGUGGCCUCGUCAUCUUCGCGUCGGUCCUGAGCGACGCCUAUCUUGACCGACCCCGACGUCAGGCGUCCAUCUCGACGUACAACUCCUCAUCGAACCUGUUUGACUACAGAUACGGGUGGUCAUUCUUUGCCGCUGGAGCUGCCUUCAUCAUGGCUGAACUCGCUGCACUUCUGUCCAUAUCUGCGUAUCUCCGACGCUUCCCUACAGUAGAGGACAUGGUUCGAGUGAUGGUUCCCGGCGCGGAGAGGCGUCUCCGCCACGGACCUGCAGGCGAGUACCUCGUACAUCAUCGCAGCUCGGGUAGCAGACGCCGUCAGAACGGUCCUCCGAGUCUGUGGAGUGGAAGCAGCAUGGAGUACUACGGCGCACUUGUGGCCAGCGACGCCGAGGGUAUUGAAGGUCCUCUCAGCAGAACGGCUCCAGAUAUUUGCACGAGUCCAGUCAGAGACGCGGGCAGCGUUCCUACAAGCGUCCUGGUUUGUGCGACGGACACAACUCUGCGCUCAGGGAAACCUCCACCGUCUGACACGACGCCGAUGAUGCACGAGUACGACACGCCACUAGCAGGCGUCACCGUCCCGAUAACACUCAUGAGGCAGCAGCCUCUGGUGACCACGAAGCCAACAACCGCUCCCGAUACCAUGCCAACGCCUUUCCUGUUCGCCCAACAGCUCCAGCGGUUAGGUGUGGCAGCACCGGGGACUUUGGUACACCAAGGCGUGCUGGGUGUGUCUGAGGGUGGGGCAUCGACUUCGUCCAGCAGUUCAGGGGGUACGACGACUGGCAGCUGUCACAUACUUUUAGUACGAUGCAGUCUGCAGGGGGGACGUGGAGUCACAGCGAGGUAUGACGUCAGGACCCGAGCAUUUAGCACCAGCAGUUCCCAGAAGAGGAAACGAGGCUGUAGCAAGAACGAGGGGUCCGAGACCGAGCAGUCCCUGAAAUUUAGAGACACUUGUAACAUGAAUCAUCCUUUAGGAAGUCGGAGUACUGACGUGUGUCCGUACGCAGACGUAGAGCUGUAA